AUGUCGGACGAGGCGCCCGAAAGUGGCCCUCGCCAUUUCGUCAAGGAAUUCCUCCCUCUUUUCGAGGGACCUUACGUCAAGAUUCGACUAGUUCCCAGCGAAGAAGAGUACAAAGUUUCCAAAGCCCUGAUUUGCGCGAGAUCGCCUGUGUUUUCUGCAAUGUUUAACGGAAGAUUUCGAGAGUCCGAGGAGCAAGAAGUCGAACUGGAGGAGAUGGAAAACGUUGUCUCGGUCCGCAGUGUGGAAGCACUCAUUCAAUGGCUUUACCAGGGUACUGUGUGCUUCAACAUGAAGUCGAAUUCAGAGAAUAUCUCGGCCGUCAUUGAGCUUGCGAGGCUAGGGGACAGAUACGAUAUCUUCGACCUGGAGAAUAAAACGGCCGACUACAUCAGGACAAAGAUUACCGAUUACAGGGGUUCUCCAAGCGACAACAGCCACACUUGGUGCCUGGAGCGUGAUCAUAUUGCCUCAGCGACUGCCUUGCCCCGAGGACAUCUAGUGAGGGAAGUCUUGGCUCAAGCGUCCGUCAAAGGGUACCUCAGGCGUCCAACUUACAAAUUUGCCGAAGAGGCUCAAAUCUAUCCGACCUAUGGUGCCGACCUUCUCCACGAGGUGAGUGUGGCCUUGGAAAACAUAGCAUGCAUGCCGGGCCAAUACCUCGACCCGAUCGAUGGUGGAGUAAUCCAUCUGAGGUUUCAACAUUCUCGUUGA